AUGUCGGGUCCUUACGAUCAGUACAACCAGGGCUACCAGCAGCAGUACCCGCCUCAGGGCCAGAUCCCAUAUCCCCAGCAGCCCGGCCACGACCAGGGUGGUUACCAGCAGCCCGGCUAUCCGCCUCAGCAGCAGCAACAGCAAGGGGGUUACUACAAUGGCGAACAACAAAACUACAACCAGCAAUACGGCGCGCCUGCCAAUGGUGGCUUCCAGCAUGGCCAGCAAGUAGCGCCUUAUGAUCAACAACAGCAAGGGCAAUACGGACAGCAACCUCAGUACGGACAGCAAAGUCAAUAUCCCGCGGCGCAGCCUCAGAACCAAUUUCCACAACAAGGUGCCUAUGCCCAAGACCAGUACCCUCAAGGCCAGGGCCCCAACGCAUAUGGUCAGCCUCCUCAGCAUGGUCAGCCUGGACAGCCCGGCCAACCGCCAUUCGGUUCUACAGACCCCAACGCACAGGCCGAGGGCGACCGAGGCAUGAUGGGCGCCCUUGGUGGUGGUGCCGCGGGAUACUUUGGCGGAAACAAGAUGGGUGGCCACGGCAUCAUCGGAGCCAUUGCCGGCGCCGUACUCGGCAGCAAGCUCGAGGACAAAGCCAAGAAGCCCAAGCACAGCCAGGGCGGCUGGUAA